GUCACAAGGUAAUUGAACAAAACACCUUCCCAGGAUAGGAAGAAAGCUCAGUUAGAGAGAGAGAGAGAGAGAGAGAUGUCAAAGAAAGAUGAAGGAGAGAACAUGGCUGCUUGGCUUCUUGGUAUCAAGACUCUUAAGAUCCAACCAUAUCCUCUUCCACCUCUGGGACCUCAUGAUGUUAGGGUCCGGGUAAAAGCUCUGGGUAUUUGUGGCAGUGAUGUUCAUCACUUCAAGACAAUGAGAUGCGCAAAUUUCAUUGUCAAAAAGCCAAUGGUUAUAGGACAUGAAUGUGCUGGUGUGAUUGAAGAAGUUGGCAGUGGGGUUAAGUCUCUACAAGUAGGUGAUCGAGUUGCGUUGGAGCCCGGAAUCAGUUGCCGCCAAUGCGAUCUUUGCAAAAGUGGUCGCUACAAUCUUUGCCCCAAAAUGAAGUUUUUUGGCUCUCCACCGACUAAUGGUUCUCUUGCUAACAAGGUGGUGCACCCGGCAGAUCUAUGUUACAAGUUACCUGAAAAUGUAAGCUUGGAGGAAGGGGCAAUGUGCGAACCCCUGAGCGUCGGCGUGCACGCUUGUCGCCGAGCAAAUAUAAGCCCGGAGACUAGAGUAUUGAUCAUGGGAGCUGGACCUAUAGGCCUUAUUACUCUGCUGGCUGCUCGUGCCUUUGGAUCCCCUAGAAUCGUCAUAGUCGACAUUGAUGAUUGCCGAUUGUCUAUUGCGAAGAGCCUUGGUGCGGAUGAGACUGUUUUAGUUUCGACAAACAUCCAGGAUCUAAGUAAAGAGGUGGAGCUGAUACAAAAUGCAAUGGGUUGUGGCGUUGAUGUGAGUUUUGAUUGUGUUGGUUUAAACAAAACCAUGUCAACAGCUUUGAAUGCCACUCGUUCAGGUGGGAAAGUUUGCCUCAUUGGACUAGCUCAGAGUGAGACGACUGCCCCGUUAACCCCUACUGCUGCUAGGGAGGUCGAUGUGAUUGGCAUAUUCCGGUAUAGAAACACCUGGCCGCUCUGCCUAGAGUUGUUGAGAACCGGUAAGAUUGAUGUAAAACCACUGAUAACCCACAGAUUUGGAUUCUCACAGAAGGAGGUCGAAGAUGCUUUUGAAACUAGUGCUGGUGGAGGCAAUGCCAUCAAGGUUAUGUUCAAUCUGUAGCAGAUCACCAGAUGUAUUUCAGAACAAUUGGCUUGAGACUUUGGAUAUUAGUCACAUUUAUACAGCAAAAGGCCUGAGAAAUUGAUCAGCCGUUCUCACCAAUUUCGGAGUCCGUUCAAUUUUAAUAUGUGAUAAGGUAAAAUGAGAAACUCGUCAGAAUUUUAUCCUCUCUCAAUGCAUAAAAAACUUAAAUUGCUGUAGUUUACCCAACAAGAUGUUCUGCAACAUUAUUGUGUAAACUGGACAUGAAUUAUGGUGCUAUCUAUACUUUUAUGUA